UGACGUAAUUGUUUGUGCUGCUGGCAAAAUACUAGUAUUUGUGGUUUUGAUUCUUAUCACACCAUUUGUGCCCUGUCGUCGACGUUUUGCUGAUGCUAGGUAGUGAACAGUCAGACAUCUACGGUAUCUUUGAGAGAAGAGAAUGGCGAGUGCAGAUGGGAGUAAACUGUGGGGAGGUCGGUUCGUGGGUGACACCGACCCGAUCAUGGAAAAAUUCAACGCGUCCAUCGCCUACGACAAGCGGAUGUGGGACGCAGACAUCCGUGGCAGCAAGGCAUAUGCUAAAGCCCUGGAGAAGGCCAAGCUGGUCACUGCAGAGGAGAAGGACAGUAUCCUACAUGGGAUGGACCAGAUCCAUGAUGAAUGGGCCAAAGGUGUUUUUGAGGUCAAGUCUGGAGAUGAGGACAUCCACACAGCCAAUGAGCGCAGACUAAAGGAGCUGAUAGGUGAGCCAGCUGGGAAGUUACACACUGGUAGGAGCAGAAAUGACCAGGUGGUAACAGACAUGAGGUUGUGGCUGAGGGAUGCUAUCUCCAUUCUUAAGGGAAACGCUCUCCAACUCAUCACAACCAUGGUGGAGAGAGCAGCAGUAGAGAUUGACGUCCUGUUUCCUGGGUACACCCACAUGCAGAGAGCUCAGCCAAUCAGAUGGAGCCACUGGAUUCUGAGUCAUGCGGUGGCCCUGAGCAGAGACGUGGAACAGCUUCAGGAGAUCAAUAGACGAGUCAACGUGCUCCCACUGGGAAGUGGAGCAAUAGCUGGAACUCCAUUCAACAUCGACAGGGAAAUGCUGCGUCAAGAGCUGGCCUUUGAUGACAUCAGCAUCAACAGCAUGGACGCCACAGGCCAGAGGGACUUUAUUGCUGAGUUCUUGUUCUGGGCAUCUCUGUGUCUGACGCACCUCAGUAAGAUGGCAGAGGACCUGAUGCUCUACAGCACUAAGGAGUUCUCCUUCCUCACACUCUCUGACGCAUACAGCACGGGCAGCAGUCUGAUGCCUCAGAAGAAGAAUGCUGACAGUCUGGAGUUGAUCAGGAGUAAAGCUGGCCGUGUCUUUGGCAGAUGUGCAGGCUUUCUGAUGACCCUGAAGGGCCUGCCAAGCACCUACAACAAAGAUCUGCAGGAGGAUAAGGAGGCCAUGUUUGACUGCUUUGACACGGUACACGCUGUGCUGCAGGUCACCACAGGUGUCGUGUCCACUCUAAAGAUCAAUCCCAGUGUGAUGGAAGCUGCCCUCAGUCCUGACAUGCUGGCUACUGACCUGGCCUACUACCUCGUCAGAAAGGGGGUGCCGUUCAGAGAUGCUCAUGGUAUCUCAGGUAAAGCUGUGUUUCUGGCUGAAUCCAAGAGCAUUCCCCUGAACCAACUCACUGUGGAGGAUCUGCGGACUGCCAGCCCUCUGUUUUCUAGUGAUGUGUCUGCAGUGUGGGACUACAGUAGCAGUGUGGAGCAGUACAGUGCCCCUGGUGGCACGGCCAAGAGUAGCGUUGCAGCACAGGUGGAGCACAUGAGGACCUGGCUGAAGAAACAGGUCCAGUGACCUCACCGCUUACCUUUUAACUUUUGACCCCAACAUGAACUUUUACAAGCAACAUUGGUCAAAUGGAUCUCUGGGGUGUAUCCUAAGUUCCAAUUUUCUCUUUGUCUCCCGAUGACAUCACAUCCAUGCAUGUAUGACUAAGUUAAAAUUUGACUAAAGUAGUAGUUAGGAUUUGCCCCCCAGUGGUUAAGAACCAUUGUUUGCCUUCUAGAACAGUGUCUAAUCUAGAAAACAUUGGGUCCAUUCUGUAGGACUGCCUUGUUGCUCAGGCCAUGUAAAGUGCCUUUUUAAAAUACCGGUAGAUGCCAUGGUUACCACUUUAGAUCGAUUUUGAAAAAUGGGAGUUCAAAACUUUAGUGCAUUUCGAUAUAUUAACCUCGAUAGUAGUGAUUUGUACAACUAUAUAUUUCAGACAGUUCAUACCUUUUUGUCUUAAUGUGUUGAUGAUUAAUUAAAUGUUGCUUAUUUACAAAA